UACAUGACGUCACUCCGCGCGGGAUAUUCGCCAGGAAGUGACGUCAUACCCCCCCUCCUCUUAUGACUACGCCCUCGCUCGUUGGCUCGGUGCUUGGGCUGCGGCAGCACGUGACCGCGUCUCGACCAGUCGGCGCGCGCUCGGGACCGGGCAGCAGCAGCAGCCGCAGCAGCGUCGGCGAGUGGCAGUGGAGGUGCGGGGCGGCCGAGCAGGCGACAUGAACCUGCGCGGGCUCUUCCAGGACUUCAACCCCAGCAAGUUCCUGGUGUACUGCUGCCUGCUGCUCUUCUCCGUGCUCCUCGCUUUGCGGCUCGAUAACGUCAUCGAGUGGAGCUACUGGGCCGUGUUUAUCCCGUUGUGGCUGUGGAAGCUGCUCGUGCUUGCCGGGGCCACCAGCGGCCUGGUCGUAUGGGUUCGCAACCCCCAGUACAGGACGGAGGGCGAGGCAUUUGUGGAGUUCAAGGCGAUGCUGAUCACCGUAGGGCUACACCUGCUGCUGCUCAUGUUCCAGGUGCUCGUGUGUGACCGCAUUGAGUCACACGGCUACCUCUGGCUGCUUGUCUUCAUGCCGCUCUUCUUCAUCUCGCCUGUCUCCGUCGCCGCGUGCAUCUGGGGCUUCCGCCAUGACCGCUCGCUCGAGCUGGAGACGUUGUGCUCAGUCAACAUCCUGCAGUUCAUCUUCAUCGCCCUGCGACUGGACAGCAUCAUAUCGUGGCCCUGGAUGGUGGUUUGCGUGCCUCUGUGGAUCCUCAUGUCAUUCCUGUGCCUCGUGGUGCUCUACUACAUCGUGUGGUCCCUUCUCUUCUUACGCUCGCUCGAGGUCAUGGCUGAGCAGCGCCGCAGCCACGUCACCAUGGCCGUCACGUGGAUGACCAUUGUGGUGCCGCUCCUUGCAUUUGAGGUGCUGUUGGUGCACAAGAUAGAUGGCAACUCCUCGCUCUCCUACGUCCACAUCUUCAUCCCGCUCUGGCUGUCUCUCCUCACGCUCAUGAUCAGCACCAUUGGCCAGAAGGGAGGGAAUCACUGGUGGUUCGGAAUCCGUAAGGAUUUCUGCCAGUUCUUGUUGGAGCUGCUGCCUCCGCUGCGCGAGUACGGGAACAUCGCGUACGAGAGCGAGCGUGACACGGGCGACGGAGGAGGCUCGCUUGCCGACGAUCCCGAGGACCCGCCGCUGUACGAGACGCACAAGAUCCCCCCCAUCUUCAGCAAGAAGAUGGGGGGAGUGGUGACCCAGAGCCCUGGCAAGUACCUGGCACCCCCACCCAAGCUGUGCAUCGAUCUGCCUGACUGAUCGAGUGGCGCGACCAGCAGCAGGGACGUACGUAACGCAGUUGUGUCAUCGCCAGCCCCAGUAAGACACGGACUUAAAUGUGUUUGUGGCCCCGCCAAAACUGAUUCGCACCUGCAUUGGAGCUUUUGUUUUGUUGGUUUUUACGAAAUGUUUAAAGUAGACUGUCAUUUUACAUGGUGUGCAAGAUGAACUUGUGGUAUGUUCCUUAAAAGGGAUCUUAGGUUAAGCCUGUUAAGAGGCCAACAUGUGAAUAUAUGUUUUGUUAAAAUCUUAGUCGCUGCGAUUUGGAAGUGCGUUCUCAACCAAAAGAGAAGCGUGCUGGGGCCAGAGUAGAGAUCUUCAGGUGUAGUUUUGUUAUUAAAUCGACUGAGAUUGCACAUAAGUCGGUAAGCCUAUAAAGCAGUGUUCUGCCCCCAUGUACAUAAUGGCCAACUGAAAGGCACGUGCAACUGGCAUUUGCCAAAAGCAAACACUGAGAUGUUUGUGCCACCGUUUUUUUUGUUGUAACAAAUUUGAAGGUCUUCACUUAGUUACAGUACCAGCCAUUGGUGCAUUUAAAUUACCAAUCCAACGUUUGCGUGUAUAACGCUGCAGCCAAUAUUAUUUGGAAUUGCGCACUUUACAAGUAUACACAUCAAUUUACAUUGCGUAAACUCAGUUUGCAAAAUGGACAUAUCACCUCCCCACUCGCCCGCGUUCAAUAACACUCGUUAGCGUGCUUAAAGUUUUCAGCCUCAAUGGCUGUUGGAGAGACAAAUUAAAUCGCCAAUUGCUCUUUUUUUCACGGUUUUAAAGCGUUUCUUGACAUAAGCAUGAGUAAAUAUGUACAGUAGUUACCAAACAUUAAUUUACUCAAGGUAUAUUAUUUGUAUAAACAUUGUAAAGUAAAUUCUAUCAACCCACCCAAUAGUGACCCAUUCUGGUGCAGAUCAAGUAAUGGGCAAAUCUAAGAAUUAAAAACUAACACCACCAUGCCAUGAGCACCACGUGGUGUUGCAAGGCAGGGUGGCACACAAUUUGAAUUAUUUAGAUUGUGUACAAAACGUAUGUAUUCUGGAAAUUGUAAAUGUUAUUUAUUGUGCAUUUAACGUUGCUUUGAUACAGCCUUUUUUCCAAUGUGAUUUUUUUUAAAGAGUGUAACCUGAUUUUUUAUGUUAAAGUUCACUGCUUUGUUUUGUAGUUGACAGUAAAAAGGCCUAAUUUUAAGUGGAAUUUUGAACAGUAAAUUUUAUGCUUCAGAAUUCCACUGUUGUAAAUAUUGUUCUGUAACAGCCAUUUUCAAGACUAAUAUUUUAUCAUUUUGGUAAAUGCUGAACAAAAAUCUCCCAUUUACAUUUGAUAAUAAAUAAUGAACACGUGGUAUGUGAAUAUAUGGGACAUAUGGUGCAGAAUGAACCAAAAUAAUGCAACGUCCAACUUGUAUGAGAAAUUCCUCUCGGCAUGGGUAGUAAAAGCAGAAAAAGAUACAGCAGAGGUUGCUGGUCUCUUAAAACUUCCUGUAACCAUUGAAACUCGGCCAGCGUUCACUUGAGUUAUUGUUUUUCUCCAACAGCACCUUUUGAUUUGAAUGAUACAUCCAAAAUGACUCCAGCCACCAUACUGGAGACUGCAUGCAUUCAUGUUGGCCCUAAGGUUGCACUAAUUCGUGCGAGAUGCUUAUUGCUGAUGAGGUGCAAAAUAAGCAACUUUAAAUUAAAUCCAUGAUACAUUCAUAAUUGGAAUGUUUUAAUGCGCAUAAACUAACCUUUUUGUUUAAUAUGCAUACAGUGUAAACCAGUUAAGCUUACAAAUGUUGCAUAUAAAUGUCAGUGUUUUACAUUUUUGUUUGCAAUGUGUGGUUGUACCUCAAGAUGCCAAAUAAAUUAGCGUGCCCCCCC